AUGGCUGAAGAUAUCUUCUUCUUCAUCAAGGAUACUCUUAUCAUAAAAAAUCCAAAGAAAUCUCCAGUUUUGUUAAGGAUGAUAGUCAUAGUAUUUGCAAUGGUCUGCGGUCUUUAUAUCUGCUCCAUAUGUGUAAAGCAAAUUAGCUCCCAAACCAAGCCCAAAUUUCUGAAUUUUGAAGUCACCGUCCGGCCUUGUCAUGAUUGUAACAUUGAUCGAUAUCAGAUUCCAUACUCACAUUACCCAAAACCCGAAACUUUUAACAGGGCUGAAUGUGCCUGCAAUCCAGUACGGUUCUUUGCUAUUAUUUCGAUGCAGAGAUCAGGAAGUGGAUGGUUUGAGACACUAUUAAACAGCCAUAUUAAUGUAAGUUCCAAUGGUGAAAUAUUUUCUUUAAAAGAGAGGAGGGGUAACAUUUCGUCAAUCUUGAAGACCCUAGAUAGAGUUUACAAUUUGGACUGGUAUACUAGUGCCUCGAAGAAUCAGUGCUCAGCGGCUGUUGGCUUCAAGUGGAUGCUUAAUCAGGGAGUGAUGGAGCACCAUGAAAAAAUUGUAGAGUACUUCAAUGUUAGGGGUGUUUCUACAAUAUUUCUCUUCCGAAGAAAUCUGCUGCGUCGUAUGGUGUCAGUGCUUGCAAAUUCAUAUGAUCGAUAUGCUAAACAAUUGAAUGGAACUCACAAAUCUCAUGUACACUCGCCUGAAGAGGCUGAUACACUUUCGAGGUACAAGCCAACAAUCAAUUCCACGUCUUUGAUGACCGAUUUGAAGCAAUUGGAGGUGACAGCCUUGAAAGCAUUGGAAUAUUUCAGCAGCACCCGGCACAUCAUUGUGUACUACGAGGAUCUUAUCAAGAAUCACUCUAAAUUGGUAGAUGUUCAAGAGUUUCUGAGGUUGCCAAGGAUGGACUUAACAAGCCGUCAGGUUAAGAUACACAAAGGACCAUUGGCUGAACACAUUAAGAACUGGGAAGAUGUCAAUAAGACACUCAUGGGAACAUCUUAUGAGAGCUUCCUCUCCAUUGACUAUUAA